GCACCUACUUCCACCCCAUCAAUGUGUUGUCCUCGUGACCUAUAUAUGAAUAUGAUUAGCACGACCAAAUAUCGUACAAGGAAAAUCAAACAUUUGACAUUGAGAUCAUAGUUAGUGAGCAACCACUAGCUAUGCUGCACCUGUUUCUAAUUGUCCUUCCCUUCCUGAUUUUCACAAUCUUCAUCAUCAAACGGCUUUGGAGCACUACAAUUUCACUGAAACACUUGCCUCCUUCACCGCCAAGGCUCCCAAUACUCGGAAACCUCCACCAACUAGGCACGUACCCUCACCGAUCCCUACAACGAUUAGCUCAGCGCUAUGGCGAGCUCAUGGUGCUUCAUCUUGGCGCGAGACCAGUUCUCAUCAUUUCAUCAGCCGACGCUGCUCGUGAGAUCAUGAAAACGAAUGAUAGCAUUUUUGCCAACAGACCAAGAUCAACAAUUGCCGAUAGACUUCUCUACGGAUCUAAAAGUGUGUCCUCAGCUCCUUACGGUGAGUAUUGGAGGCAUAUGAGAAGCAUCUGCGUGCUGCAGCUUUUAACGAGCAAAAGGGUUCAGUCUUUUCGAGCAGUACGAGAAGAAGAACUAGCCUUGCUGACUAAGAAUGUGAAACAGUCUUCUAUGUCGUCUUUGCCUGUGAAUUUAAGUGAAUUGUUUAUUUCACUUACUAAUGAUGUGAUCUGUCGGGUGGCUUUCGGGAAAAAGUAUAGUGGAGGUGAAGCUGCAAGGAAGUUCAAGAAAUUGCUUGAGGAGUUUAUGAUCUUGUUGGGUGGUUUUUAUGUAGGGGAUUUUAUUCCACUACUCGGUUGGGUUAGUCGCGUUAACGGGUUAGACACAAGAGUGGAGAAGGUUGCUAGAGAGUUUGAUGAGUUUCUGGAGUCUGUAGUUGAAGAGCAUAUGUGUAGUCUUGACACAAAAGGCGAAAACUGCGGUAAUAAUUCGAGUGUUGAAGGUGAAGAUAAGAAGGAUCUUGUGGAUGUCCUGCUCGAAAUUCAAAAGCAAAACACGGCUGGCUUUUCAAUUGAUAGAGAUAGCAUCAAAGGUAUCAUCUUGGAUAUUUUUGGUGGCGGAACUGAUACUAGCUACACGGUUCUAGAGUGGGCAAUGACCGAACUCUUAAGGCAUCCAAGAGUGUUGGAGAAACUGCAAAAUGAGCUGAUGGGAAUUGCUACUGGAAAACCAGACAUAACAGAAAGUGAUUUAGAUAAAACUCCCUACUUAAAAGCCGUGAUCAAAGAGACACUUCGGUUGUAUCCUCCAAUACCGUUACUAGUUCCUCGUGAAUCAACUCAAGCAACUAAAAUAAGGGGCUACGACGUAGCAGCAAGAACAAUGGUCAUAAUCAAUGCUUGGACAAUUGGAAGAGACCCCUCAUUGUGGGAUGAACCAGAGGAGUUUAAACCAGAUAGGUUUCUGAAUUCUUCAGUGGAUUUCAAGGGGAAUGACUUCGAAUUAAUCCCAUUUGGAGCUGGAAGAAGGGGUUGCCCUGGAUCCUUGUUUGCCAUGGCCACCAAUGAGAUUGUGUUAGCAAAUCUUGUGCACAAAUUUGACUGGACAUUGCCCGACGGAGCAAGAGCAAAAGAUUUAAGCAUGGAAGAAUGCACCGGUCUUGUCAUCCAUCGGAAAGCUCCCCUUGUAGUUAUGGCAAUACCAAGGUUCUAGUAGAACUUUUGUUUUCCCAUUUUGUGUUCUUGUGAAGAUUUACAUGGUUAAAGUGUUACAUUCACCUCUAAUUUAAAUUGUAUUUUCAUUAAGUUUGA